UACAGCAAAAUGCUGUCUUUAGCCUCUUUGUAUUUGCCCACAGUCUCCAAAUAGAGUUGCCAGCUCCCGGUUGGGAAAUUCCUGGAUGUUUGGGGAGGCGGAGCCUCGGAACAGCUGGGGUUGGGGAGGGGAACUCAGUGGGUUAUAAUGCCCUUCGAGUCCAGCCGUCUUCUCCAGAGCAACCGAUCUCUGUAGCUUGGAGAUCAGUUGAACUUUCUGGGGAUCUUUCCUGGAGAGUGGUAACCAAUCUCCUGAGCUGGUCGGACCGAGGACGCAGGAAUUUCUCAACGGCCGAGCGGGGGAGGAGCCAGGCUGCAGGAGGGGCGGGGCGGCGCGGCGAGGUGGGCGAGGGGCGGGGCUUGGGCGCGCAGGUGAAACCGACUCCGGGAAGAACUUCGCUCGCCGGCGGCUCCCGGGGCGGCCGCGCGUUCCAGUCCCGCCUGCGGCGCGGCUCUGGCUGGCGUGAGGCGCGCGGCAGGUGGCGGAUCAUGGCCCAGGAGCUGAGCCAAGCCGAGCUGCUGGACUUCCUCUGCCAGGCCGGCGGGCGCGUCCCCAACGCCGCCCUGCUGGGCCACUUCAGGCGCUUCCUGCGGGACCCCGACGCCUCCCCGGAGCGGCUGCAGCGGCGCCGCGAGCGCUUCAAGGGCUUCGUCAACUCCGUGGCCACCGUCAAGCAGGAGGGGCCGGGCGCGGCCAAGUACGUGGUGCUCAGGAAGCGCUACCGGGACCUGGUCGGCGAGGAGCCCAAGACCCGCGCCGCAGCCCAGGCGCCCCUCCACGGUCCAGGCGGACGGGCGGGAGGCGCGCCCAGGGCGCCCGGCGAGUGUCCUCGGAACCGGCCGGCGGCGGCGGAGCAGGAAGAGCGCCCCGGGAGCCGCACCUGCCCGGGCUCGGCCCAGGACCUGCGCGCCAGCCCGGGGCCCGGCGAGCGAUCCGGGGCGCGGCUUUCGCCCAGCGGCCAGCAGCGCCCUCCGGCCCGGGGCGCCCUCCCGGGCGGCGAGGCGCGCAGCCAGGAGAACGGCUGGGCUGGCCCUCCCGGGGAUCCGCCGGCCCUCCGGGGCGGGGCGCCGCAGCCCCCUGGGCCGCCCUCUCCCGUCGGCGGCCUGCAGCAGAGGAUCUGCGAGUGGGUGGCUGGCGCGCCCCGGGGUCCCCUGCAGCCCGACGCCUUCCCGGAAGCCCGGCCGCCGGCUCACAGCCCCUGCCCUUCCCCGCCCCUCGAGCCCCAGCCUCCCGGGCGGGAGGAGCGGCGGGAGUCUUUCCCGGUCUUCCGCAGCAUCCGAUGCCAGCUCUCCCUGCAAGACCUGGACGACUUCAUCGAGCAGGAGAGCGAGGACAGCAGCAGCGCCAGCGGAGGCAGCGACUCCUGUCGGGGGGAAGGGGAGGUCGGGGCUCUGAGCCCGCCUCCUGCUGGGGGGCAGAAUGGCUGGGCCAAGAACCCGCCGGGGGCAGAGGGGCUUUCUGGCAAGCCCCAGGCCAAUGGGCUUGCCGAGGCGGGCUCCUGGACUGGGACAGAGGGGCUUUCCAGCCAGCCCCGGGCCAAUGGGCUUGCCAAGAAGAGUGGACCCCCACAGGGGGCUGCAGUCCCCGGGCGCCUGGUCUUGCCUGGUUGGAUCGCUCGGGGACCCUCCUCAGAGGAUGAGCUGUUAGAGAGAGACUCCAAGAGGCCAAAUGGACACUUGCCAAAGCCCGGGAAGAUGGCACACCUGCCUCCUCCAGAUCUGGAUGCUCCCUUAAGUCCACAGCUGGUCCCCCGGCAAAGACACCCAGGCAGCACCGGGGCUGUGGAAGGGCCGGACUUGGACCGAGACGGGUCUCCCGAACACAGAUCUUCUGUGGUCCCCCUGGAGCCCCGCGAGCACGCCUGGUUAGUUAAGGUGGCCACAGGGUCAUGGUUGCAGGCCCGGGCACUCUUCCUGGAAGAUCCCCACCUGGCCACGCGCAAGGACUUCAUCUCUGGCUACACCGUGCUCCAUUGGCUGGCCAAGCACGGGAGCGCUCAGGUCCUUCUGGAUUUUGUCACCGGAGCAAGGAAAGCGGGCGUGGACCUUGACGUGAAUGUCAAGUCUGGCUGCGGUUACACCCCGCUGCACCUGGCUGCCAUGCACGGCCACCAGCUGGUCAUCCGGCUGCUGGUGCAGAAGCUGCGCUGCCAGGUCCAGGUGCGGGAUGGCAGUGGCAAGAAGCCUUGGCAGUACCUGAGCAGCACCACUUCGGGGGAGAUUUGGCAGCUCUUGGGAGCUCCAAAGGGCAAAACCAUCUUCCCGACCCAUCCGAUAGCCCGGAACGCUUCUCCUGCCCGGAGAGGCAAGAGUCCAGAGCUGGCAAGGAAAAUCAGCAGGAAAACUUCCUUGGCUGCCUAUUUGAAACCGCAGCACAUCAAAUGGAAAAUGGCAAACAAGUACCCGGCGCUACAGGAGAGGGAGGAAGACAGUGACUGAAGACUGGCCUGGUGUCCCCGGAGCUGACCAAUUUUGGAGAAAUCGAUAAGGGCUUGGUUUGUCGAGUCCGUUGGGCGAUUGUAUUUGGUAGGGGUGGCCAGAAGAAAAUGCGCGUUAUGCAUCUAAUGGGAAUGUUGAACAGUGUUUUUCUUAUUUAUUUAACUGAGAUGCUUUUGAAUGCUGCAGUUAGUUUUACCGUGGUACUGAGAAGCACUCGAUUUUAUGGAGGCAUCUUAACGCGCCCUCUGUUUCUGGCUGGGUCGCAUCCCUGGAAACUUAGAGGAUCAAUUCUCUCUCGUGCCGAUCUCCAGAAUUGGGUUUGGGAGAAUCCGUCCAGCUGUCCCAUCAGAUCUGCUGUACAAAUGACUCUAACUUGAGUCCCUUGUGGUUUAAUUCUUCUACUAUGGAAGGGGAAAUAUCAGGUUAAGCGCUGAAAUUGCAAUUAUAGUAUUCAAAAUACCGUUUAGGGUUCAGUGUUUUGAACCGCGCUGUCAAUUGCACGGUAACAGGCAUGAUAAAAUUUUAAUUAUUUGCCUUUAGGAACAAGAGACGGGCAGGCAGACUGGGGCUAGAGGCUGGGAUCAUCUCGUCAAAGAUGAGUUUUUAAUCCUGCAAGCCUUUUGUGAUUGUUGUCUGCGAUCCUGGUACCUUGCCAGAGAUCAAAGAAGUGAAUGAAAUGCUUCAGUUUGCCCUUUGUCCCCAACCCCAAGCUGAAACAUGAUCAACAAAAACUUGGCCUCUUUUG